AUUUAUUCCUAUUUAACAAAUUUUUCAAAUAUGAAGACAAAUAUAUAGUAAAGAAAUAGUGUUCUCUUUCCGUUUUUUUCCGUCCUCUGGAGCAGCAGGUUGUCACCGUCAAAAUCACCGUCUUUUGCGCAACACAAGUUAGAACUCAUCAAAUCCCAUUGUGACGUAGAGAGGGACACUAUUUGGCCAGGGGGACAUUAUUUGACAUGACAGGCCCUUGAUAGGAAACGUAAAAGAGAGGCUGUGUGUGUGUGAAUGCAAUGAGAGCUUCCCCUUAUAAACGCAGAAGAGAAACAGUCAAUAAUGUCACAGACAGAGAGACAUACAUUUACAACACAGAUAUAGAGUGAGAGAAGAAUGAGAGAAGACAUGGAAAAAGAGAGCAGAGAGAGAGAGAGAGAGAAAAAGAGUGGUGUGAGAGAGAGGGACUACUCCUUCUUUGCAGACUGAUGAUUCAGACCUUGUCUGCAGUUCAGAGCGAAAAGAGAGAGGAACCAAGGUACCUGCGAUUUACUGUAGAUCUCAAGAACUUCAGAAAGAGAAUCUCCCACUCACAGAAUCAUCCAACAGAAAAGCACCACCAAAGACGAGGUAACCAUGACCAUCAACACCACCCAUAACUGCACUGAGCCCCAGAUUAACCUCAUUUUCGUGGGGGUCUACGUCAUUGUCUUCACCGUCGGCCUCUUCCUCAAUCUCACAGCACUGGUAGUCUUCUUCUGUUAUACCAAGUUGUGGUCCCACACCAUGGUCUACAUGACAAACCUGGCCAUCGCAGACCUCCUCCUGGUCCUCACUCUGCCCCUGAGGAUCUACUACCAUCUGGGCUUGUCCGGGUUACCUCAGGUCUUGUGUGAAGGGAUGGGCCUGGUUCUUCUGGUCAACAUGUAUAGCAGCAUAUUCCUCCUCACCUGCAUGUGUUUUGACCGCUGCAUGGCCGUGUGCCUACCCAUGUUGUCCUGGGUCCAGGAGGGGCGUAAGAAAGCCCCGCUGGUCUGCCUUGGGGUGUGGCUGCUCACCGCAGGCGCCAGCCUCCCCAUCUACAUCUCCAAACGCAGAGAGGUGUCAAAGGACAUCGAGGUCAAUUGUUUCGGGAACCUCCCAGUCUACGCCAUGCAGCCCAUGGCGGUCGCAUCGACUUUAACAGUCGGCUUCGGCAUCCCCUUAUUGGUGAUGUUAGUCUGUUCCUGGGCAUUGAUCCAGGCCAUCACAAGGAGCUCCAUAGCCCAAACAGACUUCAUCGACUCUGGGAAGAUUCAGAGGAUGAUCACCAUCAGCCUGGUGAUAUUCCUCACCUGUUUCCUGCCCUACCAUGGGACUCUGGCCCUCCUCUAUGUCCAUAGGGAGGCGAUAACAUGCCCCCUUCUGGCAGCAUACCACUAUAGCCUAAUGGUGGCCUGUCUGAAUGCCAUGUUGGACCCACUAGCCUACUACUUCACAACAGACACGUUCAGGAGGAAGAUGGAUAAGGAUUCUGUCAGAACAGCUCUUAGAGGAACAACAGGGAAUCCAGAGGACCAGUCGAUACUUUAAAGAUGUUCCAUCAAGGGCGUAACAGUUUCUUGAACAUUGGGGGGACGGAGUCUAACAUUUGGGCAUUAUGGAUGUUCCCUGUAAACAGUCACAGCUCUGAGGGGAUCAACAUGAGGGGAUCCAGGGGACCUGUCAAUACCUGAAAGACUUUAAAUAUAGUUCAAAUGUGGAGUCUUUAUAACAAUUGUGAAUUUAUAAAAGGAUCCACAGGCAUACGAUUCUCAUUGAACUUUUUUCCAAUGAAGUCUCGUCUACAGAGCUGCAUCGGUUAUUGACGUUUGCAGAUGUUACACAUGAGGCUAAUGCAGGCCCAGGUGUCCAUGGCUCAAAUUGUGUCGGGAUCUACUAAUUCCUGCUGGGUCUUUGCUUUGGGAAUCCUGUUUUGUUGACUUUUCAGCCUUUCACUGACAUUUAAUUGGUUGAUGAAAAGUAGCUAACUAAACUUUCGGAUGAAAUACACCAACAGAGUGGACAGAGGCCAGGCUUUGUGUAAUUCAGCUCCAACUACAUUGAUUCGCCCAAGGUCAAUGCUUAAACAUUUUAUAAUUAUGAAACGCUUACCUCCUGUCUAUGUUUGUACUCUUUAGUUGCGUGCCUUUCUUUGUUUGCUGAAAUCCAUGCUUUUUCAAGAAACAUGAAUCAAAUACAA